CUCAGAUGUGAGGAGAUGGCUCUGCUGUGCUGAUGCCCCUCAGGGGAGGACAUCGAGCAGCAUGAGAGAGCUCGGCUUGGUUCUCCUGUGCCUGCUCCGCAUCUCCAGGAAGGGUGUGCAGUGCAAUGGCUGGUCUGUCCACGUCCCAUCUGACGUUACUGGAGAGCUUGGGAAGAUGGUUAUCCUGCCCUGCACCUUCACUCACCCCUACAAAACCUUUGACCGGGCGCUCACGGCCAUCUGGAGGAUCAGGGAGCCCUACAACGGCACGGUGAUCUUCAAGUGUGUGAGCCAGAGCAGCAGCGAGCUCUGCAGGACUGCCAUCAGCCACAAGAACAAGUACAAGCUGCUGGGCAACCCCCGGCACAAGGACCUGUCCAUCAGGGUGGACAACCUGACCUGGAGCGACAGCGAGAGGUACUUCUGCCGGGUGGAGCUGGCUGGAGACAGCCAGGACAAGUACGAGAGCAGGAACGGCAUCAGGCUGCACGUGAUUGCCGCCCCCAGGAUCAUUAACAUCACGGUCAGCUCCAGCAGGGAUCACACCUUCCAGGCCCGCUGCACGGCCGAGGGGGAGCCAGCGCCUGCCCUGACCUGGACGGGGCCCCCCUACAGCAACCUGAGCUCCAGCAGCAGCUCCAGCCACCGCGUCACCAAGGAGCUGCGCUCGCUGACCCACGACGGGAAAUACACCUGCACCGCCGUCAACAGCCACGGCCGCGCGGAGGGGGCCGUCUACUUCUACACCUUCAGGGCCUCCGACAGCUCCACCUUCCUCAUCCUCAUCUUCGUCCCGCUGGCCAUCAAGGUGGUCAUCCUGCUGGUGAUCCUGAGCUUCGCUGCUUUCUCCAGAGAAGGUCCCCACUCUGCUCCACCCAGCCUGGCCAGGGCCCAGCAGCCGGAGUGCACCUACGAGAACUGCGAGCACAGGCACGGCCAGAGCCGGCCCCGGCGCAGCUGA